AUGCAGCUUGAAAUCCAAGUAGCUCUCAACUUCAUCAUCUCAUACCUGUACAACAAGCUGCCUAGAAGGCGGGUCAACAUCUUCGGCGAGGAGCUAGAGCGGCAGCUGAAACAGAAAUAUGAGGGUCACUGGUACCCGGACAAGCCAUACAAGGGCUCGGGGUUCAGGUGCAUCCAUGUUGGGGAGAAGGUGGAUCCUGUGGUGGAGAAGGCAGCCAAAGAGAGCGGACUGGACAUCAACGAUGUCCGCAACAACCUUCCACAGGAUCUCAGCGUGUGGAUUGACCCCUAUGAAGUGUCCUACCAAAUCGGGGAGAAGGGACCUGUCAAAGUGCUCUAUGUUGACGACAGCAACGAGACCGCGGCGAGCACCGGGGGCCUCGACCUGGACAAGGAGAUCAAGAACAGUUUUAAUCCAGACGCGCAGGUCUUCAUGCCCAUCAACGAGCCCAUGGGCGGCACCUCCCCGGGCUCCAGCUCGCCCUCUCCUCCUUUCGGCCAUUCGGCGGCGGUCAGCCCCACUUUCAUGCCCCGCUCCACGCAGCCUUUAACCUUCACCACCGCCACCUUCGCCGCCACCAAAUUCGGCUCCACGAAGAUGAAGAGCAGCGGGCGCAACAACAACAACAACGGCACUAACGCCACCAACAAGGCGGCACGUACCUCUCCCACCAACCUGGGACUGAAUGUGAACACUCUCCUGAAGCAGAAAGCCAUCUCCACCUCCAUGCACUCUCUCUACGGGCUGGGCCUGGGAACGCAGCAGCAGCAGCAGGCUAAGCCCUCGGCCUUGUCCCCCAAUGCCAAGGAGUUUGUGUUCCCCAGCCUCCAAGGCCUGAGUACGCAGAGCGCCCUAUUCCCGGGGGACAGCUCACUGGGUCUGGGCCCGCUCCCGUACAGCAACACCUUCGACGUAUUCGCGGCCUACGGCGGCCUUAACGACAAGUCCCUGAUGGACGGCUUGAAUUUCAGCUUGAGCAACAUGCAGUAUUCUAACCAGCAAUUCCAGCCAGUCAUGGCCAACUAG